AUGCCCUUUGCUCAGUUGGUUAUUGGCCCUCCGGGAGCCGGGAAGUCCACAUACUGCAAUGGCAUGCACCAGUUCCUAGGCGCAAUCGGCCGGCAAUGCUCUAUCGUCAAUCUGGACCCCGCCAACGACAAGACUUCCUAUCCGUGUGCGCUGGACGUACGUGAUUUGGUGAAACUAGAAGAGAUCAUGGAGGAGGACAAGUUGGGCCCAAACGGAGGCGUUCUGUAUGCCCUCGAGGAGCUUGAGCAGAACUUUGACUGGCUGGAAGAGGGACUCAAGGAAUUUGGGGAGGAUUAUAUUCUAUUUGACUGCCCUGGUCAAGUGGAACUCUUCACGCAUCAUUCAUCAUUACGAAACAUCUUCUUCAAAAUCCAAAAAAUGGGUAUACGGUUGAUUGUAGUUCAUCUCGUUGACUCAUACACACUCACCUUGCCAUCAAUGUAUAUCUCUGCCCUCCUCCUCUCCCUCCGCGCCAUGCUCCAACUCGACCUCCCACACCUGAAUGUCCUCACGAAAAUCGACAACCUUGCCAACUAUGCCCCUCUCCCUUUCAAUCUCGACUAUUAUACAGAAGUCCAGGACUUGUCAUAUUUACUCCCAGAGCUGGAGAACGAAUCCUCACGACUAUCACACCAAAAGUUCGGUGCUCUCAAUAGGACCAUCAUCGACUUAGUUGAAGAGUUCGGGCUCGUUGGCUUCGAGACGCUGGCCGUCGAAGACAAAAAGAGCAUGAUGAGUCUCCUGCGCGCCAUUGACCGUGCAUCCGGGUAUGCUUUCGGUCCUGCCGAAGGCGCCAACGAUACUGUUUGGCAAGUGGCUGUUCGGGAGGGCAUGGGUACCACUCACGUUCGAGACGUGCAAGAGCGCUGGCUUGAUGCGAAGGACGAAUACGAUGAGCUGGAAGAGCAGGAGCUAGAAGAGGAGGUCCGCCUGCGCAAGGCGGCAAGCCAAGUUGAGACUACCGGGGCGGCUGGAGGAGACGAUGACAUGGAAGAUGAUGAUGGGCAUGCCUAUGACGAAGAGCUGGAAAAGUGGAAGCAGAACAUGCCUGACAGUGGUGUCAGGGUACAACGCAAGGCAUAA